UAUUAUGCACAUGUGUAAAGUGAACUCAAAUAUAAGAUUAUCAACCUCACCUACCAUACCGCUCUAAACCAAUUAAUCACAAUUGAGGGUCAGGGAUGGCGGUGGCUUGGCUAAACAUCUGAUUGAUUUGAUUGUAUUUUUUUAUGGGGGUGUGGGCUAAAUUCAAUUUAAAAUGCCAACAGUUGAAUGCAAGAUGGUCAUGCAGGAAGGCGCUUGAGGAAAAGAAGAUUGUAUUAAUAGUUUUUGCCAGCUGCUAAUGAACAGUAUACAUUCUUCUAAAAGAUUAUUCUUCUUCAAUACGUAUAGUCCCCUCCAAAAGUAUUGGAACGGCAAGGUCAAUUCAUUUGUUAUUGUUGUAUACUGAAGACAUUUGGGUUUCAGAUCAAAAGAUGAAUAUGAGACAAAAGUUCAGAAUUCCGUCUUUUAAUUCGUGGGAUUUACAUCUCGAUGUGUUCAACAACUCAGGACACAGCACCUCUGGCCUUCCUGUGUGGAGUUUGAAUGUUUGGUUUUCCUCCCACGUUCCAAGACUUGUAUUCAGGUUCAUUGAAGACAAUUCUCCAUAGGUGCGAAUGUGAGCGUUACCGGUUGCUUGUCUUUUGUGUCCUGUGAUUGGCUGGCGUCCAGUCCAUAGUCGCCCACGAAUUGUAAUGAGGACAAACUAACUCCAGUAUGUAGAGUGCUCGCAGUGACCUCACAGGGGGCGCUGUGCACCGGCACACGGUGCAAAAAACAAACAACUAAAAAAAAUCAACACAACUACCUGGGCGUUAUCUCUGAGAGCUUUCGAUCGAUCGAUAGUCAAUUUCAACCCAAUUCCAGACCAGAAGCCUCCAAGAUCCUCUCGCAUUCCGCUGUGUCUGUGAUUCUUACUCUUCGAGUUCGCAGGUUCUUCCCAAACGGGCGUCCAUUCUGCUCGAUCGAGGAGGAAGUUGACGGGCGUGGAAUGGGUUAACGGCGGACGGAAGGCCCCGGUCCAAUCAGCCCGUUAUCGGAACCGCGAGAGAGGAGGAAAAGGAGGGCGGGAGCUCGGGAGGAAGAAGAAAAAAAAAAAAAGAAAAGCCGCCUGACGCGCAUCCUCAGCCCGCUUUCUGUCGUGUCCACAUCCGCUCCAUCAUCACCGCUAUCCCGAAAAAGCCACAAUGAAGGACCGCAUGCAAGAACUUCGACAUGGCAAGGAGACGACAGGGGAAGAGGAUGAAGUGGCCGUGGGGAUGGACAAAGGAUUCAUGGAUGAAUUCUUUGAGCAGGUGGAGGAAAUCCGAGGUUAUAUCGAGUCCCUGGCGGAGAAAGUUGAGGAGGUGAAGAGGAAACACAGUGCCAUCCUUGCAUCACCGAACCCUGAUGAGAAAACAAAGGCUGAACUGGAGGAUCUUAUGGCAGACAUCAAGAAACUGGCCAACAAGGUCCGCUCCAAAUUAAAGAGUAUUCUGCAUACGAUCGAGCAGGAAGAAAGUCAGAACAGAUCGUCAGCUGAUUUGAGGAUACGCAAGACACAGCACUCCACAUUGUCCCGAAAGUUUGUGGAGGUGAUGUCCGAAUACAACACCACCCAGUCAGACUACAGGGAGCGCUGCAAGGGCCGUAUUCAGAGGCAGCUGGAGAUCACUGGAAAAAAUACGACAAACGAGGAGCUGGAAAGCAUGCUGGAAAGUGACAAUCCAGCUAUCUUUACAUCAGGGAUCAUCAUGGACAACAUCACCCAGCAAGCAAUGAACGAGAUCGAGACGCGGCACAAUGAGAUCAUCAAGCUGGAAAACAGCAUCCGAGAGCUUCACGACAUGUUCAUGGACAUGGCCAUGUUGGUGGAAAGCCAGGGCGAGCUGGUGAACAACAUCGAGCGCGUUGUGUGGGAGGCACAGGACUACGUGAAGCAAGCAAAGGACACCAUCCCCAAAUGCAAGAAGUUAAAAAAAACCAGCAGGCGGAAGAUGAUCCUGAUAGGAGGUUGUGUCGCCGCUUGUUUGAGCGUCCUCGUAAUUUCUCUGGCGGUUGGCCUCAGCUAGGACACGAGAAGACCUUGCAGAACAAUCCGACCCCUUUGACCCAUUUUACUGUUCAUGUGUUGUCAAUGGACUUUCUACCGAGUGCUGCUAGCAAAGAAAGUGGGCCAACAUACAGUAUAAAAAGCCUUGCUUCGUCAUUGUUUUAACAAUGUUUAAAGAUGCUACAGAUUUCCCACUGCAUGAUUCUCAUGCCUGUCACACGCAUGACUGCUGCAGUGUUUGUAUGGUUUUCCCACCAAAUGGAAAUCCACACACACAAAAACAAAACCAAAAAACUUAAAGGAGACAUUAUUAUGAAAAUUGACUGAUUGUUUGUACAGUAUACAGAUAGUUGCGCCUUCGGACUGUACAGUGUAAAAUUAAGCAACCGAGUUAAUCUUUAGUUACUGUAGCUACAUUUUUCUGAAAAUGUUCACGGUUAAAUUAGCCAGUGGUGGCUUCACGCGAAAAGGUUUUCCCAAUUAGUUAACUAGCAGACUUUGCUACUUGAUGUUUAACGUUUGAACUCGACUAAGCGCUAAUAAUGCUUUUUGGCCAUCUCGUCUUCCACUCAGCCAAUUUAAGGAGGACUUUCAACUCUUCCGUCAGCGGACCAUUAACGCUCUGUGGAGCAGCAAAAUGUCCGGCUGACAAAGCGGCACGUCUGUGCAGGUCCAAGAGUACAAAAAUAAGAUGGUUGUGGGUGACAAUAGCGGUUAGUCUCACUAGCUUUAUUCCAACAAUAUCAAGAAGGUCAUCGAUUAAUCGACGACACUCAUCGCUUCAGUCAUCACUUUAUAAUUGACUACAACAAAAAUCUAGUCGCUUCACCCCACAUGGUGCACACGUCGUACGUGUGCUGUCUGGACGCGAAGGGGGGAAUGCUCUGGAAAGGAGUCCCAGACUUCCCAGAAUAUUUACACCACAAAAAGUCAGUAGAAUGUUUGCGCAUUGCUUUAUUUAUGCAAAUAUAGUCAGGAGAGAGGUCACAAAAGUCGGCUCGCUUCAUCGUAUGUUCUACCUCAGCCUCUGGUCGUCAAGGUAACGAAAGGUGUAUUGGGAUUUCCAAGAAACAGAACUGCCUCUCCAAAAGCGGCCGAUCCGAUCCAGAGGGUGACGAGUGGCUAUUAAGUCUGCUUUUUUUCAUUAUCCUUUGUGUAUUCUGACCAACGAAUGUCACAGACACCUGGGAACUCUCUUAAAUGGUGAAACAAAAAUGCAUAACGUCUCCUUUAACUGGUGUGCUUGCAUCAUCACCAAACUUUGUAGACUGGAACAAAGUGGCUCAUGUGAAAAUAAACAAAAUGCGUUGUAUGUGUUUCUUACUGUAAACACUCCAAAAAUGUCACGAGCAAAGAAUCUCUUCUUUUGAUUCACUGUGCAGACAAAAGUAUCGGGACACUGCUUGAAGGUCAAAAUCUUGUGCACCAAGCAUGCCUUUUUGACUUUCCCCAAAUUGUUCCCAAAAAGUUGGAAGUAUACAGUUGUCCAAAAGGUCAUUAAUGGGGUCUUGUCAAACCUUUAAUUCAUUAAUUGUGUCCCACUUAGAGUAGGUAGGUAAGUGUAAUAGAUUUAUUUCUAUCAUUUGUCCAUCACGAGAACCUUUUCCAAGUUUAAGAAUCCAUUACAGUCCCCCAAAAAACACCAGAUUUUUGUUGCUGUUGAUAAAGAAAAGUAGCAGUAUAUUGUAAAAUAUAGACAUAAAAACAUCAUAGAAGAGAAUGUAAAGAUAUUAACUGCUUUUAUGAAGUGUAAUCAAGCCACGAAUCCCACACACACCGUCUCUCUCUCUCUCUCUCUCACACACGCACACUCACUGUAGUACAUUUGCGUGCUGUGCCUUAAAAUACGCUGCCUCUCUCUCUCUAUCGCUCUCGCUCUCUCUCUCUCCCCCAUACUUGCUCGAUCCCCGCACCCCACCCUCUUGAGCAGGAAGGCUCUGUCUCUUGUCAGUGGUUCAGUUCCAAAAACUUUUGUUUUAUGUCUUUCAAUAAGAAAAGUUGCGCUCAACAGUAUGGUAUGGUAUUGUAUACAAACACACAGUAACAGCAUUUGCACGCAAAUGUAAAAACGAUCUACAGUGUUCCCUCGCUAUAUCGCGGUUCACCUAUUGUGGAUUCAGUACACUGUGGAUUUUCUUUUUCAUAUUGCGCAUAAUUCACCAUAUCGCAGGAUUUUGAGUGUAUGCUGUAAUUUUGUUUCUUUAUUUUAAUAAAUGCUGCCGAGCUUAAAACAUUAAAACUGUCAAAAAAAAGAACAAUUCAUUCAAACACAUACAACAAGGAAUAAAAUGUACAUACUAUACAAUAUACCUGUGCAUUACUGUAUGUUUAAGAGUUUAAAAGGUGUUGAAGAGUAUAAAAUGUUUAUAAGUGUAUGGUAGAGGUUAAUAAGAGUGUGGGGACGGUUAAUGAGUAUGGGGAGGCUCAUACAGCUUUAAAAUUUAAAAAGCCAUUGCGGGGGUGGUCCGGAACAUAACGAGGGAUUAUUGUAUUUUAAGGAGCUUACUCCUUACUUUUAUGAAACACGAACUUAUCCCAUAAAGAAUUGGAGGAUAUCUGUUGGGAGACAUUGGUCAUGUAGAAUAUUUGAAUAUUUAAGUGAUUCAGAGUCCCAAUACUUUUGCACCUGUACAGUAGAGUAGCAUGUGUGUUUAUUGGUCAAUCCAAAAGUUUCUAACAUGUUUUCUUUUGCUCCCUACUCGCUGCCCUGGACGACUGUUGCUUUCGUCACUUGUCUUCUUUUCCUCGCUAAAUAGAAGAAAAUAAUGAUUAUUAUAUGCUGUGUGAUUCUGGGAAUAAUCAUUGCAUCCGCCGUGGGUGGCACACUGGCCUAAACCUCUGAAAACACACACACACAUGUCAAAAACAGACACGUUCCCACUUGCCAUGAAUGCAAACGUAUUACGCAAUGUUUGGAAUGCGCCGUGUCACUUCCUGUACCAUCCAUCUGACAUGACAGCAACAUGUUUUGGCAUGAGUUUCUUUUUUGUAAAAAUGUGCAGUGCUGCAACAAAUGUUUGAGUGUUGUCAACGAUUUGAUGUUUUCCCCUCAAAUUGAAUUAUUGUGUGGAAAAAGUUACAAAAAGGAAUUAUGUACCACUCUAUCCAUUCAAAGUAUGAUGGUGUACUGAGUUGUCUGUUUUGUGUGUAGGCAACUUAAGAGGGGACUAAUCUGCAGUGUUUUUUGCAAUUACACAUUUACUGACUCAAACCACUUUUUCCUGUUUUUAACUUUCUAUCCAAUGUCAACAUUACACAGGAGUAUUGUGGCCACAACAAAAAGAAAAAACAAAAUGACACUAACGUAUUGAAUUUGUAAUAUUACAGGGGGAAAAAAAUGUGUAUUUUUUUUAAACAGAAAAGUCGUAUUUACGUAAGGUUAAAGUUGUAUAUUUUCAAGAUAAAAAGUCAUAUGGUCUACAAAACCACUUUUCAGGGAAUAAAAAAAAAAAACGCCAUUUUGCUUGAGUUACCAAACA